AUGGCCGAGAGAAAGAGGAACUGGAAUAAAGAAGAUGACCUGCCUGUGUAUCUAGCUAGGCCGGGUACGACGGCCCAGACACCGCGGCAGAAAUACGGGGGGAUGUUCGCCUCCGUGGAGGGGGCCUACGAGAACAAAACCAUCGACUUCGACGCCUACAGCGUGGGGAAGAAGGGGUCCCGGACCCCGCGGAGCGGCAGCCGGCACGACAUGCUGGACGGAGGGGACAACUACAGCGAGACCGCCAGCGACAUCAGCGAGGUCUCCGGCUCCGUCAUCAGCUCCCCGGGAGACCGGGAGGACAAGACCCCGGGCGUGGAGAUCAGAUACCCCGCGGGGAAAGAGCUGCUGCAGGGCCAGGACAAUGGGCAGAGUGACCGACUACUCAUUAAAGGUGGAAGAAUUAUCAAUGAUGACCACUCCUUCUAUGCAGACAUAUACCUUGAAGAUGGACUUAUAAAGCAAAUAGGAGAGAAUCUGAUUGUUCCUGGAGGAGUCAAGACCAUAGAGGCUAACGGGCGCAUGGUUAUUCCUGGGGGAAUAGAUGUCAACACUUACCUGCAAAAGCCCUACCAAGGAAUGACUGCUGUUGAUGACUUCUAUCAAGGCACAAAAGCAGCACUAGCAGGGGGCACCACCAUGAUCAUUGACCACGUCCUUCCAGAACCUGGAUCGAGUUUACUGACCUCCUUUGAGAAGUGGCAUGAGGCAGCUGACACCAAAUCCUGUUGUGAUUACUCUCUCCAUGUGGACAUCACCAGCUGGUAUGAUGGGAUUCGAGAAGAGCUAGAAAUACUGGUGCAAGACAAAGGUGUGAACUCUUUUCAAGUCUACAUGGCCUACAAAGAUCUCUACCAAAUGUCCGACAGCCAGCUUUAUGAAGCCUUUACUUUCCUAAAAAGCCUUGGGGCUGUUAUCCUGGUCCAUGCUGAAAAUGGAGACUUGAUAGCUCAGGAACAAAAGCGUAUCCUGGAAAUGGGAAUCACCGGACCCGAGGGACAUGCCCUGAGCAGGCCUGAGGAGCUUGAAGCAGAAGCAGUUUUCCGUGCCAUCACCAUUGCCAGUCGAAUAAACUGCCCAGUGUACAUCACCAAGGUGAUGAGCAAGAGCGCGGCUGAUAUCAUUGCACUGGCCAGAAAGAAAGGUCCUCUUGUUUUUGGAGAGCCGAUCACUGCCAGCUUGGGGACAGAUGGGACACAUUACUGGAGCAAAAACUGGGCCAAGGCUGCAGCUUUUGUGACCUCGCCACCUCUGAGCCCUGAUCCUACCACUCCAGAUCACUUAAAUUCACUCUUAGCAUGUGGGGACCUGCAGGUGACGGGAAGUGGACAUUGCCCGUAUAGCACUGCCCAGAAAGCCAUUGGAAAGGACAACUUCACUAUGAUUCCUGAAGGGGUCAAUGGAAUUGAGGAAAGAAUGACUGUUGUCUGGGACAAGGCUGUAGCCACAGGCAAGAUGGACGAGAGCCAGUUUGUAGCUGUCACCAGCACCAAUGCUGCCAAAAUCUUUAAUCUGUAUCCAAGAAAAGGCCGAAUUGCUGUAGGAUCGGAUGCUGAUGUUGUUAUUUGGGACCCUGAUAAGGUGAAGACUAUAACAGCUAAAAGCCAUAAAUCGGCCGUUGAGUACAACAUCUUUGAAGGAAUGGAGUGCCAUGGUGCCCCACUUGUGGUCAUAAGCCAAGGGAAGAUUGUGUUUGAAGAUGGAAAUCUGCACGUAAAUAAGGGAAUGGGCCGCUUCAUCCCUCGCAAACCUUUCCCUGAAUAUCUUUACCAGCGCAUCAAAAUCAGGAAUAAGGUGGGAGGACUGCAAGGAGUCUCCAGAGGAAUGUAUGAUGGGCCUGUGUAUGAAAUCCCAGCUACGCCAAAAUACGCAACUCCUGCACCCUCAACUAAAUCCUCUCCUGCCAAAAACCAGCCCCCACCAAUCAGAAACCUCCAUCAAUCCAAUUUUAGCUUAUCAGGAGCUCAGAUAGAUGACAAUAACCCACGUCGUACCGGCCACCGCAUCGUGGCACCUCCUGGUGGUCGCUCUAAUAUUACCAGCCUUGGCUGA